AGAUAGACCUGGGAGAGCAGAAAACAUUUACCCCCCAAAAAAACAUAUUUGAAAAAACAUGGAGAAGAUAUGCCAAUUCUUUCGCAACAACUACGUGCUGGCCAACUGUGAGGAUGCCAUAUACAAGAAGGCCUUCUCCUUGAACUUGUCCCACUACCAGAUGUCCCAGGUGCCAGACAUCAUAGACCAGUGCGAAACGCUGCUAAAGCUAUUUCUCAACCAAAACAAGCUGACCAAGAUUCCCUCCAGCAUUGGCUCUCUAAUGCGCCUCCAAGUGCUCACCUUGGACUAUAACAAGCUGGAAGAGUUUCCCGACUGCAUUUGCCGGCUGGUCAGUUUGAAGUUCCUCAAUGUCAGCUGCAACAACAUCGUUCGUUUACCCCCGGAACUGGGCUAUCUCACUCUCCUGGAAACCUUUUGGUGCAAUAAUACCGGUCUUCGGGAACUGCCCUUGGAGAUACGCAACUGUGAACGCCUCGAGACGCUGGGAGUGCGGGGUAAUCCCCUGAAGAGCCUGCCCGAGAGUAUGGGUGCCCUGUCCUCGCUCCGCUGGUUUACCGCUGAGAACUGUGAGCUGGAGGAGAUGCCGCUGACAUUUGCCUUGCUAAGCAGCCUGGUGCACCUGAAUCUCAAGGGCAAUCGUCUGAGGCGACUGCCCAAGAUGCUUAUGGCCAUGCAGAAGCUGCGUUUUGUCUUUCUCAAUGGGAAUCGCAUUGACGAGCUGCCCACGAGGACGCAGCUGGAGGAGUUGCGUGCUCUGAACAUGCUGAAUCUUUCACAGAAUCCCAUUAGCCAUCAUUCCGACCUGCAGCUGAUGGCGCUGCGUCAGAACAACCUGUAUGUGGACCCACCUAACCCCGAAGACAUCGCCUGCGAUUGCCUUUCCAGCCGGGCCAGCCUCAACACCCAGGAGCAGCAGGAGGCUCAGGCACGGGGCGCCGGGGACGACUCCUCCGACUGGGAGAAUAGUGUGCGAACCAGCGAGCUGGACAGCACGGACGAAAGCGGCCUGGAGGCUACUAUCGAGGAUUUGAGUGUUAUGCUGCCAGAGAUAUCGCGUUUUAUUACCACCUCCUGA